CCAAAAGGCGGGAAUAUUUAUACAAAUUUUGUUGGCCAUGAGUAAAAAAGCAACACGUUCGACUCAACCAAAACCUGAUCCAGAUGCCCCAGAAAAGCAUGGAUCAGAGGUGGUGGCACCAAAGAAAGUCUUUUAUAUAUCGGAAAACCUUAUAAACAAUGUUGAGGGUGAGGAGGAGCUAUUGCACUUGGAACGUUUCUUUCAUCCUGGAAAGGGGCGAGACGCCUUAUUCGUAACGCUAGAACAGGAGAAAGGUAACCAUAUUAUGGAACUGGUAGAGUACAGUGAGCCAAGACGCAGUUGGCUUAUUGAUAGCGAAGUCUGCUCCAAUGGUCGAAUUUAUAUGACGACGCCCGUGGACACAACUUUCCUGGCGCUGCAUUAUCUUCGUAAGUACUGUGCCCAGCGUGCAAUGUCACUGGACAGCAUACAUGAUGAUCAGGAUGCCAGCGCGAAUCGCUUACUGAUGAAGUUUGUCAACGCCGAUCACCUGAAAUGUGUGGCCGAUGUUAAGGUUUCCGGGAAUACGAAAUUCUAUAAAUACAAUGCCGAGCGCACAAAGGCUUGGUUGGCCGUGAAGACUCGAAAAGUUGUGGAUGCACUGAAGGAGAACAACGUCUACUGCGGGACCAGCGCGCAGUCACAGAACUUUGUGCGCAGUGAAAAACAUUCUGAUGAAAACACCGUCAAUGAAACGGACUAUUUGCGAAUGGCAUGUGAUUAUGUGGGCCGCUAUUUGGAUGUCGAGCUUUACGAUGAACUUGUGCGUUAUUUGAAAAUACCGACUGAGAUUCAAGCACUUGCUGAAGACCAGGCCCAGAAACGAAAAUCUGAACAGGCACAAACGAACAACAGUAAAAAAAUCAAACUUAAUUCUGGCCAAGAUGCUAGUAGUGGUCUGCUGGACAGCUCAAUUGAUGAUGCAAAGGAGAGCAUUACCUCGCCAACAAUACCCACACCCUUAAAGGAGCGCACUCUAACAGCCAAAGAAAAGGCGCUGGCCAAAGGUGCCAAAGGCAGUAUGAGCAUUUCAUCAUUCUUCAAAGUAAAAUAAAGAUUAGAUUAUUGUUCCCAGAUUUAUUGCGCGUCAAAGUUCCUAAAUCUGAUUUAUUAAUAAAAAUUGAAAACAUAUCCAACUAUAUGCAAACCCGAAA